GCUGGUCAACUAGCAGCUAUGGAACAUGCGGUUGAUAUCAAAAUUGAUAGCUUUAGCAUUGCAGCCAAGGGCCAGGACUUAUUUGUCAACGCCAGUCUACUUAUCGCACAAGGUCGGCGGUAUGGUUUGGUUGGACCAAAUGGUCACGGUAAAACAACGUUACUCAGACAUAUUGCUGAACGGUUAUUUGAUGUUCCACCAAGCAUCGACAUACUAUAUUGUGAACAGGAAGUAGUAGCAGAUGAAACAACGGCAGUGAAUGCUGUGCUCCGUGCAGACACACGGUGUACGGAGUUGUUGGCCGAAUGUAAGAAACUUGAGGAGGUUCAAGAAAGUGGCACAGCUGAUGAGGAUGUUACAGAAAAACUGAAUGAAGUAUAUGAAGAGCUUAAAGCACUCGGAGCAGAUUCGGCUGAACCCAGGGCUCGGCGUAUAUUGGCUGGUCUUGGUUUCUCAGCAGCUAUGCAGGACCGUGCUACUAAAGAUUUUUCAGGAGGUUGGAGAAUGCGUGUGUCCCUUGCUCGGGCUUUGUUCUUGGAACCCACUCUAUUAUUACUUGAUGAACCCACCAACCAUUUGGACUUAAAUGCUGUAAUCUGGCUUGACAAGUAAGUCCUUUUGAGUUGUAAGAAUUAUUUUGUAUA